UUGUUCCGGAAGUGAAGUGUUGCAGGAACCGUUUUCUCUUUUUUCUCUUGCCGACGGUUGAAAGUCCAAACAGGUUCCACUCGCGGCUCCAUUGCGCCCACCUUGCGGCUCCGUGUGGUCCGGUUCGGGUUCCGUUGGUUCGUCGGGAUGUCCGGUUUAAGCAGCAAAGCUCUCCACGAGCAGCUCUCCGUCAUCAUGGCCGCGCUGACCAAAGCGGCGGUGGCGGAGAUCUGCGAGGUGGUGGAUGAAGGCUAUGCGGUGCUGCAACUGGAGAUCACCCGGAGCCACAAGGAGAACGAGGACCUGAAGAAGAAGCUACACCUCAUCGAGUCAAUCGUGGUCCGGGGGAGCAGCGGGGGAGGAGGAGGAGGAGGGGAGGAUGCGGAUGCGGAUGCGGAGGGACCGGAGGUCUCACCGGCGGAGGAGGCUACGCAGCAGUCGGGAACAACGCAGCAGCAGCGGGAAGGUGACGGACGAGGAGCCGCGGCUGGAGCGGUGCGGGACGAGCUUCCAGAAGUGGUGCUGAUUAAAGACGAGGACUCGGACAGUAACGACGUCUUUGAGGAAGGUACUAAGUUAACAGCUGAUGGGGUGGCGCCUGCAGCCAGAGAGGGCAUCACAUCGACUCCCAUCAGCCGGCGCACAAAGCGGCGCUGGCGUGAAAGCUUGGAGUCGGAGAAUAGGUCAUCGUCUGAGCAGCUGGCACAGAAAACAUCCGACCUGACAGCAGGGACGCAGAAGACCGUGUCCGUCUACACUCUGGACUCUCCCGAUCGUGAGCCGGGAUGUCCCGAGCAGCUUGACGACGAGGUCGAGAUGGAGCCUGGCGAAUCUGCUGUGUCGUACUCGUCACAGAUGGACCCCGACAUUCAUCUGGUUCAGGAGUGCUCGCUGGUUCCUUCGAACGCCAACAGGCCGGUUUAUUUUAGCAGCGGCGCUCUGAUCGAGUCUCCGUCAAACCAGGCAGACCUCGAUCUGACCGUCGACCCAGGGUGGCCCAAACAGUCAAAGGGUCAGAUGACUUUUACUGCGUUUCACCAAGACGGAAACGCGGAUGGCGACGCCUUUGGGCUGAAGGUGCUCAGCGUCUCCGGCUCGACCCCCACAGACUGCCAGCUGUCCGAAGCCAGCAGCUCUGCCUUCGAGUACGAAGACGGCGGCGAUGUCAUGAACUUUGCCCUCUACAGGGACCAGGCGGGGCGGCCGCAGCUCUGCAACGGGCAGCCGAGCGCGGGAGGCAGAGGGAAGCGUUUCGUGUGCUCCCUCUGCAACAAGACGUACGCCACGUCGCAGAACCUGGACAAGGCGAGUCUGUCUGCAGCAGAGCGACCUGCAGGUUUCCAGAGCAGCCAGCAGAGGGCGGUGCCUGCAGACGAGCUUCCUGUUAGGAAGGAGACGCCAGGAGCACAUCGCUCCUUCAUCCGGAGGGGCGGGUGGAGACAGGAUGCCGUCAGCAGAGCGGCAAGCCACAGAGGCGAGGAUGGCGGGGGAAAGUCGUUCGUCUGUAACUGCUGCGGGAAAAAGCUCGCCUGCCUCAAGAACCUCAAAACCCACAUGAGGGUCCACACCGGCGAGAAACCGUUCGUCUGCGAGCUCUGCGGUAAACGCUUCUCAGACUCCAGCAACCUCAAACGCCACCAGAGCGUCCACACGGGCGAGAAACGCUACGGCUGCGUCCACUGUGGCAAACGCUUUGCCCAGUCGGGGUCGCUGAAGGUCCACAUGACCGUCCACACGGACUGCAAACAGUUCAGGUGUUCGUACUGCAACAAGACGUUCAUAUCAGGCAGCCACCUGCGGCGCCACAUCACGCUCCACGCAGGGGAGAAACGGUUUGGCGCCGUGCAGUGACAGCUGGGAGAAGCGGCGUUGCAGAUAUCUGCAGUGAGGUCGUCUCAGAAACACGUGACCUGCUGUAAAAAUGUGUCGUGUAUGUUUGAACACAAAACAGAUGUUCUUGGAUCACCUGCGUACGUUUCUACGCGUUUCAUUGGAGCAGCAGACAGUCUGGCCGCCGGGAUCGGCUCGAUUUCAAGCCUCUGCUUCCAGUUUUAAUCAUCAUCUGAGUCGCUCUUUGUCUGCUCUUCUUCCCAGGUGAGGACACGCCUGGACAGGUUAGGUCUUCAUAUUAAUAAUAACUUUAUCUAGCACUCUUCACCAGAUAAGAACUAUGUACAUAACACAACACAAUCGAUCAUACAGCACAAAUCUAGUUAAAAGCCAGUCUAAAUAAAUGAGUCUUUAGCUCCUCAGUGUCCCCCCAGAGGAGCUGGAGGCAUCUGGUUCUGUCUAAACUUUGACCUUUGACCCAGGUAACAGAAGGAAGGGCUUUGUGUCCAUCAGGUAUUUGUCUUGGGCGUCAAGGUUGUCAUGUUUAAUUAAAACUCAGCUUCAGUUAACUGUGUCCAUGCUUACUAACCUAAAACCAAAAUGUAAUCGUACUUUCAGAAGUUUCAGUCUUUGUAAAGUUGCUGAACCCAAAUAAAGCCCGAGGAGCUGUCGCACUCUGCCAGUAAAAACAAAGCAAAUCCACAAAAUCCAAAGCUAACAGCUCCGUUUGGAUACAGUGGAUGGAUGCUGAAGUGUGGUCACGUCUGCAGAGAAAGAACUACUCAAAAGAUCCUGAACUGAACUCUGUGGAAAAAGGUAACAGCCAACAGCAAAUGAAACUUCCAUGAGGGGAAAAAGACUUUGAAGUGUAGGAGAAACGUUUUUAGUGGAUGGUGAUGUUUGAUUUAAACUCAAAACUGUUUUAACAAGUGAAUCCAAAGUGGUUGCCACAGCCUCCUGGCUGGGCCGGGAACUCGUUUAAACUAAAUAAAUACAGUUUUGAAGCAAUUUUAUCUUAAAACUUCCAUUAAACAUUUACAUUGAAGAAAAAAUCCAUCCCACUGUGUCAUUUGAAGUUGGGUCAAAGUGGUAGCAAGCUAAGGAGAGCACCUGAGACUGUUUCUCCAGCAAUGGUUUCCAGCUCUUCCUGAGACGCUCCCAGGAUAAAUAUCAAGUGAAUUUCCUCUGGAUCCUCUGGUGCCGAGGAGGCAUGCCGAUUGUGUCACCUUCUCAGAUGUAGGAACAGUAGAUCUAGGUGGAGCUCCUCACCUCCAUCCAUCCCAUGUGGGCCGAUGUGACGACCAGAGGUCGCCGACUGUUGAGUGAAGUUUAGAUACAACAGGCCAAGUAAACAAUAGUCUUUCCCUGAACUUGUGAGCGAUUAAAGAGACUACAGAUCCUGAGAUCAGCUCCAACACCUGAGCUUUCUGCGUGGCUUCCCCCAACAAUCCAAAGUUCAGUUAUUGGGGAAUCUAAAGAGCCCAUAGCUGUGAAUGUCAGUGGUUCUCUGUGUCUCUGUGUUAGCGACGUGUCAGGUUGGUGACCUUUCUGUGGAACCUCUACUUCCUGUUUCAAAUUUCACUGGUCAUGGUGUCACCGGGCAGGGACUGAAAAUAAUCCUUCACAAGUCUUGUAGUUUUUCAGUAGCAGUUUUAUCCAACGUUCAUGUGUGAAACUAGCCUGUGGUUGCGUGAAGGUAACAAAUGUUUAUGACUGUACAUCGAGUUUCAUUGUGACUGACGUGUAACUGAAGAAACGCUGAACAAACUUCCUUUUUUAUCAUUUUUAAUAAAAGCAGCUGCUAAAA